GCCACCACUUUCGACGAGUUCACGAAACUCGUGGUCACGAAAUCGCGCGGCGGUUCCGGCGGUCCUAAACUGGUCUUCACUCCAAUACAACUCAAUGUCAACAAACGUGACAUCACUUUCGCGAAUCAACUCUUCAUUAACAACGAGUUCGUCGACGCGUCCGAUACGAGCCGUGUGUUGAGGACUAUUAACCCAAACGACGAGUCCGUCAUUUGCAGCGUCCAGUCGGCGACCAAAGGGGACGUCGACCGAGCGGUGAAGGCGGCCAACGAUGCGUUCGAGUCGGGCGAGUGGCCACUCAUGAACGCCAGAGAUCGGGGAAAACUCAUGUUCCGAUUGGCGGACCUCAUGGAGCAGCACAAGGAAGAGUUGGCCACUAUUGAGUCCAUCGAUUCGGGCGCUGUCUAUACGCUGGCCAUCAAAACACAUAUCGAUAGUAAACUCUCUGUAUGUCGAUCGACACGUGGUUCGGGCGCUGUCUAUACGCUGGCCAUCAAAACACAUAUCGGUAUGUCGAUCGACACGUGGCGAUACUUCGCCGGUUGGUGUGACAAAAUCCAGGGCUCAACAAUUCCCAUAAACAACGCGCGACCGAACCGUAACCUAUCGUUUACAAAGAAGGAGCCGAUCGGUGUGUGCGGUAUAAUCACGCCAUGGAAUUACCCGCUAAUGAUGGUGUCCUGGAAAAUGGCCGCCUGUUUGGCCGCCGGCAACACAGUUGUCCUAAAACCGGCUCAAGUCUCUCCGUUGACUGCCCUUAAAUUGGCCGAACUGUCGGUUUACGCGGGUUUCCCUCCGGGUGUGAUCAACAUCCUUCCGGGCACGGGCUCUGUGUGCGGUCAGGCCAUCGCAGACCACCCGCUCGUACGUAAACUGGGUUUCACGGGCUCGACGCCCAUCGGACAGACAAUCAUGAAGUCGUGCGCCGAGUCUAACAUGAAGAGAGUGUCACUAGAAUUGGGCGGAAAGUCGCCGCUAAUCAUCUUCAACGACGCCGAUCUCGACCGCGCCGUACGGCACGCCAUGGGUGCCGUCUUCUUCAACAAAGGCGAGAACUGCAUAGCGGCCGGACGUCUAUUCGUCGAGCAGUCAAUUCACGACCAAUUCGUGAGUCGAGUGCUGGAGGAGACCAAAAAGAUCAAGAUCGGCGACCCAUUGGAUCGGUCGACAUCGCACGGCCCCCAAAACCACCGUGCUCAUCUCGAAAAACUGGUCGAAUACGCGCAGAUCGGGGUGAAAGAGGGCGCCAAACUGGUGUACGGGGGCGCGCAGGUGGACCGCCCGGGCCUGUUCUUCACGCCCACUAUAUUCACGGCCGUUACGGACGACAUGUAUAUCGCGCGCGAAGAGUCUUUUGGCCCGAUUAUGAUUGUCAGUACGUUUCCCGACGGCGAUGUGGACGGAGUGCUGCGUCGGGCGAACGCCACGGAGUUUGGUUUGGCUUCGGGAGUGUUCACUCGCGACAUAUCCAAAGCCCUGUACGUCACUGAGAAGGUGAACGCCGGCACCUGUUUUGUGAACUGCUAUAACAAGACCGACGUCGCCGCGCCUUUCGGCGGAUUCAAACAGUCCGGUUUCGGCAAAGACUUGGGACAGGAGGCCCUCAAUGAGUACCUCAAGACCAAGACUAUUACCAUUGAAUAUUAGGUGGCUUUACAAGUUAACUGUUAACCUUCUCUCUCUCUCUCUCUCUCUCUCUCUCUCUCUCACUCUCUCU